GAGGUCAUUCCUAAGACCUUAUUAUGGAGGACAUUUUAAGUUUUCAUCUUCGGCUGUAAAUGGGUUGGGGUUUUAAUACCUGUGGCCCGAAUGAGGCUAUGGUUGUCUCUGGCAUGUUUCUGAUCAAACGUUAACUUUUUCUUACUGCCACAGGUUGCUUUCAUAAAAGUCCCUUACUAGUUCCUGGUGGACGAGUAUUUGUUUGGCCGGGAAUUCAAAGAGUGGAAAGUACUUUAUUCACUUGCUUCAUUCUUUCCAAAAUGGAAAAAAACUCUAAAGCGAAAUCACAAAAAGCAGGCCGGUUAUGUCACAUAUAUAUUGAUGUAGACAUCUUGUAUAGACAGUUCUGUUAACUUAUUCUCAGUAGAAUUAUUUGUGUGGUACACUUAUUUUAAAAUUUAGGUAACAUGUGGCCCUUGCGUGAAUUCAUUUAUAAGGAGAGCCUUUGCUGUUUACGUGCAAGUUAUUAUAUUUUUUGGCUGAAUAAACCUCACUCCACUUAUAGUAGGAAGCAGGUCUACCGCCUUUCCUAAGCUCCUGGUGACUUAAUCUUAUCUCUCUUAUUUCGGACCAUUUGGGUCCGAAUGAGUCUGAUUUCUUAAAUGACAUUCUGCUUAGUACGUCAAAAGAUUUUGCUGACUUACUUUGCCUUCUACUCCAAAUGUCGAGCCUCCGAAUAGCUGAUUCUGAGUCGUUGGACAUUAGAAUAAGUCAUUCUCAGCGGAAAAAAAGUGAGAACUUCCCUUCCUAUCAUUUGUUUCGAAAGUCAUGAAAAUAGUAAUGAACUGAUCCACUAGUGAAUCUAGUUCCAAGGUACCUUCUUACCAACCUGCCAAUCACUGAACAAUUAAUCCCUCAAUUCAGACGAAGUGUCCAUGGUCGUAUCCUUCUGUUAGACCUCAAACAGUAUAUCAUGAAGUGCCUGGCUUGGAUAUUUGCUUAAAUGUGUGUGGGAUUGUCUCAAUGACACGUUACAAACUUUUCGAGCUUGAUUUUUGUUUACUGAGCUUUCCAUAACUAGUUGAAUAGCAUAUUUUUUCACUAUCGACCCACACCUUUGAUCCUAUCCAUCAACCAUUUACCGAAUGCUCCCUAUAAAUAUACUUUGUUUAGAUUUUGAGAGUUGAUUGAAGAUUUGGGAACUAUUAAAUGUCACUAUUCUUGAAAGCAAUUUGGACAAAAUAACUAACUGGACAACAAAUAUGCUCUCAGUCUUCUGUAAUAUUAAGGAAAAACACUAGUAGUAAUUGAAAGUCACCUGGAGAUGUCUCCUUCAGUGCCAUUGAACCCAAUUUAUUUUUCAAGCCUUUCGAUGAAGUCGACAGAGUACCUCCAUCAUCAGCUAUUUAUCCCUCAGGAUCUGUGCUUGAACCACUAUCUGAUACAGAAAGGGAUUCCAUAGGGAAGCAGAAGUUUGUAAGUAUUUUUGUGAUUCGUUUUUCGCGUCCUGAUAUUGGCUUCCCGAUACCAAAACACAAAGGUAAUUUGUUAAGAUUGAGAAAGUUUUCGACUGGGUGGUAUAUUUUAAUCGUAUCCCCCUUACUGACCAUACUACACACACAACUUACGCAAAUCUUCAUCUAGAAACAACUGCAUUUUUGCACUCAUGUACUUCAGAAAAUAUAUAGCUAUCUCACAAGUUCUAAAGCAGCAGAUAAUCAUGUACGUGAACUUAGGAAUAAACCUGAAAAUGGCUACGAUGUAACCCUUAUGGUACUUAUAAUCUAACUCAGCCGAUUUCCCCGAGGUUUGUGUUGAGAAUACUGUAAUCCAAUGUAGUAUCAAAUCUUACUCUUUGAUGUAAACUUAAAACAUCAGUCUGUCAUGCUCCUUUAAGAAAUUCUGCGUGGUCAAAUUUCCUUCUAGUUUUAAAUGAGCACACCUCCGAUAUCAAGUAGACAUUGUACUUGACUUUGGACCGUACCCAUUGUAGGUUAGUGAUGUUAUGCGGUUUCUGAAAUUAAAGUAGAUGAAAAAAAGAUUCAAAUGUACAUCUCAAGAAUUCGAGUUCUUAUGCCUCAGUCUUUAAUCCACCACUGUAUUUCUUAUCGUUGAAUCAUGUAUGCUGGGAUAUUAUUUAAAUCCGACCUUUUCUAAUUAGUUAACUUUAUAUUGUGAUUACUAAAUAAUUUGAAUAUUGUGCAAUUGUGUUUCUGUUCACUUUUUUCAAUAAUCAAAUGAAGGAUGCCAUUGAAUACAAUGACAUUAAUCAUCGAAAGCCCUCGAAUCUACACUCAGCUUGGUGUCCCUAUCACAGUAACUGGUGUUGCACAGGUAAAAAUUAAUGGAAGUAACCAAGAAAUGUUAGCGGCUGCAUGUGAACAAUUUCUUGGCAAAUCAGAAAAUGAAAUACGUGAAAUAGCUCAAGAAACACUUGAAGGUCAUCAGCGUGCUAUUAUGGGCAAUAUGACAGUUGAAGAAAUAUACAAAGAUAGAAAAAAAUUUUCAAAAGCUGUUUUUGAAGUGGCCAGUUCGGAUUUGGUGAAUAUGGGAAUUAGUGUAGUUAGUUAUACACUAAAAGAUAUAAAAGAUGAUGAGGGUUAUUUACGUUCGCUUGGUUUAGCAAGAACAGCACAAGUUAAAUGUGAUGCACGUAUCGGUGAAGCCGAGGCAAGACGUGAUGCUGGUAUUCGAGAAGCAGAAGCUGAAAAACAACGUGUUGCCGGUAAACUAUUAAAUGAUAUUGAAAUUUCUAAAUCAAAACGUGAUUUUGAAUUACAAAAUGCUGCUUACGAGAAAGAAGUACAAUCACGUAAAGCGGAAUCGGAAUUAGCCUAUGAAUUACAGGCAGCUAAAGUUAAACAACAAAUUAAGGAGGAAGAAAUGCAAAUCACCGUUCUUGAGAAAACUCAACAAAUCCAAGUGGAGGAAUUAGAAAUUGUACGACAAGAACGUCACUUAGAUGCGACGGUACGGAAACCAGCUGAAGCUGAACGUUUUCGUUUGGAACGUCUCGCUGAAGCUGACCGGCUACGUUUAACUGCCGAGGCGGAAGCAGAAGCUGAGGCUAUUCGGCUACGUGGUCUUGCUGAGGCGGAAGCAUUAAAAGCUAUAGCACACGCUGAGGCAGAACAAAUGGCAAAGAAAGCUGAAGCAUGGAAAAAUUAUCAGAAUGUUGCUAAAUUAGACAUGGUAUUACAAUCAUUACCAAAAAUUGCUGCCGAGAUUAGUUCACCAUUAACUAAAUGUGAUAAAGUCACUAUGAUUUGUACAGGUGAAGGGGAUAUUGGUGUUUCAAAAUUAACUGGUGAAUUAUUUACAAUUAUGAAUAGUUUACCAAAUUUAAUACAUACAAUGACUGGUUUAGAUAUUUAUAAAAAUAUUAAAACAAUUUAAUAUUGAAACAUUGAAACUAUUUCUUUGUCUAAAUGCAAUUAAUCAAGGCGCGCAAUUCAUAAUGAUUGUUAAUUAGUAUUAUUGCUGCUGUUGUUGUUGUUGUCAGUGUAAUUUCUAUUCUCCAAUUGUUUUAUGAUUUUUCUUUGUGUUUUUUUCUCAUUCAUAUUUUGCCUACUUAUUUAGUAGUAUAAAUCAAUUUAAUAAAAAUGUUUAACAAAGUA